UCAGGUGUGCCUGACUCUGACGGCCAAGCGCAUGGCCCGCAAGAACUGCCUCGUCAAGAACUUGGAGGCUGUGGAGACGCUGGGCUCCACCUCCACCAUCUGCUCCGACAAGACGGGCACCCUCACCCAGAACCGCAUGACAGUGGCCCACAUGUGGUUCGACAACCAGAUUCACGAAGCGGACACCACCGAGGACCAGAGCGGGGCAACGUUUGACAAGCGCUCUGCCACCUGGACGGCCCUCGCCCGCAUCGCUGCCCUCUGCAACCGCGCCGUCUUCAAAGCAGGGCAGGAGAAUGUCCCCAUCUCUAAGAGGGACACAGCUGGCGAUGCCUCCGAAUCCGCGCUCCUGAAAUGCAUCCAGUUGUCUUGUGGGUCUGUCAAGAAGAUGCGCGAAAGGAAUCCCAAAGUGACGGAGAUCCCCUUCAACUCCACCAACAAGUACCAGCUGUCCAUCCACGAAGCGGAAGACCGGCCCAAAGGCCACAUCCUGGUGAUGAAGGGGGCUCCCGAGAGGAUCCUGGACUGCUGCUCCACCAUCCUGCUGCAAGGGCAGGAGAAGCCCCUCGAUGAUGAGUUGCGGGACGCCUUCCAGAACGCCUACCUCGAGCUGGGUGGGCUGGGCGAGAGGGUGCUAGGAUUCUGCCAUGUCUACCUCCCCGAAAAAAAGUUCCCUCGUGGUUUCAAGUUCGAUGCCGACGAGAUCAACUUUCCCAUCACGAAACUCUGCUUUGUGGGACUCAUGUCCAUGAUCGACCCGCCUCGGGCCGCAGUGCCAGACGCCGUGGGGAAAUGCCGGAGCGCCGGCAUCAAGGUGAUCAUGGUGACAGGUGACCACCCGAUCACGGCCAAGGCCAUCGCCAAGGGCGUGGGCAUCAUCUCAGAAGGGAAUGAAACCGUGGAGGACAUUGCAGCCCGCCUCAACAUCCCUGUCAGCCAGGUCAACCCCAGGGAAGCCAAGGCCUGCGUGGUCCAUGGCUCCGACCUCAAGGACAUGAGUUCCGAGCAGCUGGACGAGCUCCUCAAGAACCACACGGAGAUCGUCUUCGCCCGCACCUCCCCCCAGCAGAAGCUCAUCAUUGUGGAGGGCUGCCAGCGUCAGGGAGCCAUUGUGGCUGUGACCGGAGACGGCGUGAAUGACUCCCCCGCCCUGAAGAAGGCAGACAUCGGCAUCGCCAUGGGCAUCUCCGGCUCCGACGUCUCCAAGCAGGCCGCGGACAUGAUCCUCCUGGAUGACAACUUCGCCUCCAUCGUGACGGGCGUGGAGGAAGGCCGCCUGAUCUUUGACAACCUGAAGAAGUCCAUCGCCUACACCCUGACCAGCAACAUUCCAGAGAUCACCCCCUUCCUCCUCUUUAUCAUAAUCAAUAUUCCGCUGCCGCUGGGCACCGUCACCAUCCUGUGCAUUGACCUCGGCACGGACAUGGUCCCGGCUAUUUCCCUGGCCUAUGAGGCUGCAGAGAGUGACAUCAUGAAGAGGCAGCCCCGGAACUCCAAGACGGACAAACUGGUGAAUGAGCGCCUCAUCAGCAUGGCGUACGGUCAGAUUGGCAUGAUCCAGGCCUUGGGUGGCUUCUUCACUUACUUUGUGAUCCUGGCGGAAAACGGCUUCCUUCCAGCCACUCUGCUGGGCAUCCGCCUGGACUGGGACGACCGUUCCAAGAAUGACCUGGAGGACACCUACGGCCAGGAGUGGACUUACGAGCAGCGCAAGGUGGUGGAGUUCACCUGCCACACGGCCUUCUUUGCCAGCAUCGUGGUGGUGCAGUGGGCCGAUCUCAUCAUCUGCAAGACCCGGCGGAACUCCGUCUUCCAGCAGGGCAUGAAGAACAAAAUCCUGAUCUUUGGCCUCCUUGAAGAAACCGCUCUGGCUGCCUUCCUGUCCUACUGCCCGGGCAUGGGGGUGGCUCUGCGCAUGUACCCCCUCAAGGUCACCUGGUGGUUCUGCGCCUUCCCCUACAGCCUGCUGAUCUUCAUCUACGACGAGGUGCGGAAGCUGCUCCUCCGGCGCUAUCCAGGCGGCUGGGUGGAGAAGGAGACCUACUACUGAGACCGCCGCGCCAGCGGAGCCCUCUGGAUGCCUCCCGGGCGCCCCUCGUAGCCUUUAGUUGUAGGGUGGG